AAAAAAGUGAGUUGGUACUUUUCAUUUCCAAUCAACAUUUUUAUUUCAACAACAUGAGCAAUUUUUAAUCCAGUUCUGAAAGGGAAAAAUUAAAUUUAACUCAACCUCAAGUGAUAAUUACCAUUUAAACUCGUCAUGGCUUUGGUUAUGAGAAAUUUUUCAAGAAUAUUCGCUCAGGGUGCCCAACAAAAUUUAAGAGGGAUACACUCAACCACUCCCGCUAAUACACCUGCUGUUUCUGAGCGUCCUGAUACACGUACGACGUGUACUUUAAUUCCUGGAGAUGGUGUAGGCCCCGAAUUAGUAUAUUCGGUUCAAGAACUCUUUAAAGCAGCUGCUGUUCCUGUUGAUUUUGAAACAUUUUUCUUUUCGGAGGUUAACCCAACAUUAAGCGCCCCGUUAGAUUCUGUUGCAAAUUCAAUAUCGAAAAAUCGAGUAUGUUUGAAGGGUAUUUUAGCCACUCCGGAUUACAGCCAUACCGGCGAAUUGCAAACUUUAAAUAUGAAACUACGAACCACCUUGGAUUUGUAUGCUAAUGUUGUUCAUGUGCGUUCUUUACCUGGUGUUAAAACCAGACAUGAAAACAUUGAUUGUGUUAUUAUUCGUGAACAAACCGAGGGGGAAUAUUCAGCUUUAGAACAUGAGGGUGUUCAUGGUGUGGUGGAAUGUUUAAAAAUUGUUACUGAAGAGAAGUCUAAAAGGAUUGCUAAAUUUGCAUUUGAUUAUGCCACUAAAAAUGAGAGAAAAAAAGUUACUGCUGUACAUAAAGCAAAUAUUAUGAAGUUAGGGGAUGGAUUGUUUUUAAGGAGUUGUGAAGCUAUGGCUAAAUUAUAUCCAAAAAUUGAAUUCGAAAGAAUGAUUGUUGAUAAUUGUACGAUGCAAAUGGUGUCUCGUCCUCAACAAUUCGAUGUGAUGGUUACCCCAAAUUUAUAUGGAAAUAUUGUUGAUAAUUUAGCAUCUGGAUUAGUUGGUGGAGCUGGUGUUGUUGCUGGGGCUUCUUAUUCAGCUCAAUGUGUUGUUUUUGAACCUGGCGCGCGUCACACUUUUGCAGAAGCUGUUGGUAAAAACGUAGCAAAUCCAACAGCUAUGAUGCUUUGUGCUGCAAAAAUGCUUCAUCACGUUAAUUUACCAUCUUAUGGAACAAUGAUUCGUAACGCAAUUGAUAAAGUACUUAGAGAUGGGAAAAUACGCACAAAAGAUAUUGGUGGUCAAUCAAGCACCCAAGAUUUUACUUAUGCUGUAAUACAUAAUUUACAACAUAAACAAUAAAAAGAUAUAUUAUU